AUGGAGGCUCCUGAUGCAUCAGUCCCGCGUACAGCAGGCGACACUCGUCCAAACCCACGCGGAACGGCGGCAUACCCUCGCAAAAGAGCCGUCACGGCAUGCCAGGUUUGCCGUGCGCGACGCACCAAAUGCGACAAUCGGAAGCCCUCCUGCUCCUUCUGCCUCAAAGUUGGCGCUCAGUGCAUCCAAUCCACCGUUGACCUAUCCAGCUUCGAUCCGGCGAGUAUCAAAAUCCUCGAGCAGCUUAGUGAGCUCAAGGGUACGGUGGAGAAGUGUCAGUCUGCUAUUGAGACCCUGGGGAGCGUCGUGGCGCCUGCUGGGGCCUCGACAACCGUCGAUUUCAACUACUCUCCCGCUCAGACGCUUUCUGACAUAGAUCGGGCCCGACUAUUACCUCUGCCUAUCGAGGCCCUUUGCCAGUCGCCGAUUUUGGACCUACCCCCGGUUACCCCUGAGUGGGAGGGCCUCUCCUCUACCUCAGCUGCGACAGACACAGGGGCGACCUUGUCACUGGAUAACUUGGAGCCGCAACUCACUCGUCCACUCCUCGAUCGGUUUUUCCAAUACGUCCACGUCAAAAACCCGGUUCUCGAUGAACCACGCACGCGCCGACUAGUCGCUCAUUUCUGUGCUGAGGGGCUAGACUGGUCCCCAGAAUCAUGUCUUGCGCUUCUUGUUCUCGCCCUCGGAGCAACAGCGACUCCUUUUGAGCCCCCCGGUCAGGUCCAGAACGAGUCGACAUCUAUCUCCAGUGCCCGCGCCUUUUACAAGGCCGCACAGAAGCGACUAGCUCUGACAGUGGAUGGCCCUGAUCGGAUACUCGAAGCGCAAUGCCAUUUCCUGUCGGGGGUAUAUGCAGCUACCCUCUUCCAGCCCGACGCCGCCUGGAAAUUCUUCCUCCAUGCCUUAGCAUGCUGCCAAACCUUCCGGUUCCAGUCAUCCCACUCCUCGCCCGACGCUCAGAUCUUCGACCCAGUCCGCCACGAACGAACCCGCGGCCAGCGAUCUCUCACCUGGGAGGAAAGUAUUUACUGGUCCUCCUGGAAAUCUGAACGCGAACUCCGCAGCGGGAUGACGACUCCCGAUUUCGCCCUUUCGCACACAGAACUGGUCACAUACCCCCAAUUCUUCCCGACGCCUCCCGUCAACGAGAAUGCUGAAUCCCCCCACUCCAGCGGAAGCCAACACGACCGCGGACAGCACUCCUGCAUUUUCUCGACGGAUUAG